AAGAAGAAGUCUUUGAUAUUAAUUACUAGUCCGCAGCUAGGAAUUCGGUAUCAUUGAACGCGAAGAACGACAACCUCCGAAACAUCCAUACUAUAACAAAACGAAUGAAUGUCACUCUGAACUAUCCACUAUAACCACAACCGAGAGAGAGCGGGCGAGAAGGACAAUUCUACAAAAGAAACAAACUUUUCACCCAGCGAUCAAGACGACACACUGAGCCAAACUCAGGCUCAACACUGCACCACCAGGCUCAACACUGCACCACCAGGCUCAACACUGCAGCUCAGCCAUGAGCAGCACCAAACAACUCAACAACAGGAGCGGAGGCAAUGCAUCCAAGAAGAAGUGCCCCUUGGCCAUGGGGCUGGAGGACAUUGCCCCCCUGGUGCGCACUGUUGAGGAGAUCCCUGAGCCCAUCACCACGGUGGUCAAGGGGAACAUCCCAUCCUGGAUCAAUGGAAGCUUCCUGCGGAAUGGGCCCGGAAAGUUUGAGUUCGGAAAAGACAACUUCAACCACUGGUUUGACGGAAUGGCCUUGAUGCACCGCUUCUACAUCCAUGACGGUGAGGUGACCUACAGCAGCCGCUUCCUGCGCAGCGACUCCUACGUGCAUAAUUCUGAGAAAGACCGCAUUGUGGUGUGUGAGUUUGGAACCAUGGCCAUGCCUGACCCCUGCAAGAACUUCUUUUCUCGAUUCUUAUCCCGCUUCAAGAUUCCCAAGGCCACAGACAAUGCCAGUGUGAACUUUGUGAAGUACAAGGGUGACUAUUACGUAAGCACGGAGACCAACUACAUGCGGCGGGUGGAUCCACAGAGCCUGGAGACCAAGGAGAAGGUGGACUGGUCUGAAUACAUUGCAGUAAACUCCGCCACAGCCCAUCCUCAUUAUGACCGUGAAGGGGCCUCGUACAACAUGGGCAACUCCUAUGGCAAGGGCGGCUUUUUCUACAACAUCAUCCGUGUGCCCCCGCCUGAGAAGGUAGCGGGGGAAGACAAGGCUGAUUUCAGUGGAGCUCAGGUCCUCUGUUCCAUCCCAGCCUCUGACUCCAGGAAACCAUCCUACUACCACAGCUUCGCCAUGUCAGAGAACUAUGUGGUGUUCAUAGAGCAGCCCAUCAAGCUGGACCUGCUCAAGUUUAUGCUGUUCAGGAUCCAGGGCAAGAGCUUCGACAAGGUCAUGACCUGGGAGCCACAGUAUGACACCAUCUUCCACGUGGUGCACAGACACACAGGCGAGCAAAGCAAGGUAAAGUACAGCGCCCCACCCAUGUUCACCCUUCACCAGAUCAACGCCUACGAGGACAAAGGGUUCCUUGUAAUGGACAUGUGCUGCGGGGACGAUGGGGAUGUCAUUGGAGACUUCACACUAGAGAACCUUCGAAGGGGUCCAGGGGAGGAGAUGGACAAGGAGACUGAAACGAUUUGGCAUGGGUCCCCAGAUCCUGAAAAAGCUGCACCAUCGAGAGAAUCCUGCCCGGGUUGCAUUACCAUCAGAAACCUUCCACGGAGAUACGUCCUACCCCUGACCGUAACUGAUGACACACCCAGUGACCAAAACCUUGUCACACUACCUUUCUGUCAUGCAACUGCGGUCAAGACUGGGUGUGGAAAGGUGCUUUGUACACACGAGGAACUCUAUGAUGAAGAGCUGUUCCAGUACGGUGGCCUAGAGUUCCCACAGAUCAACUAUGCCCAUUACAACGCGCGUCCUUACCGCUACUACUACGCAUGCGGCUUCGGACACCUGUUCAGCGACUCCCUGCUGAAGAUGGAUCUGGAGACCAAGAAACUUAAGGCAUGGCGUCACCCUGGUCUCUUCCCAUCUGAGCCUGUGUUUGUUCCUGCGCCCAACGCAACAGAGGAGGACGAUGGUGUGGUCAUGUCCAUCAUCAUCACACCCAGAACUGAGAAAAGCACGUUCCUGCUGGUUCUGGAUGCCAAGACUUUCACGGAGCUGGGCCGGGCAGAGGUUCCAGUCAACAUUCCAUUUGGAACUCAUGGAGUGUUCAAUGAGAUGCAAUGAAAAUGCUAACGUCACAACCCCCUCAGCAUUCUGCUUAUGAAAUGACUCCAUCCCUGGAUGUCUUUUCUGAUGCUGUUAAGAUAACAUCUCGAACUACUGCAGUACUCUUGGACCAUUUUUUGUACAGCCAGAGGAGGAAGGCCCUCUCCUCUGAGUCUUGUUCCUCUUGAGGCUAAGACUCUCGAGGUUUGUUCCUUCUAGGGAGUUUUCCCCCGCCGCUGUACUUCUGCUGCUUGCUAUUUGGGUUCUAGGCUCGGGUUCUAUAAUAAUAAUAACAAUAAUAAUGAAUAAUAAUAAUAAUGUAUGCCAUUUAGCAGACGCUUUUAUCCAAAGCGACUUACAGUCAUGUGUGCAUAUACAUUGGAUUUUUAUAGCACUAUGAAGUAUUUUGUACCAACUGCUAAGGUAGAAAGGCUUUAUAAAUACAUCUAAUUGAUUUAUUGAUAACACAGAACUGAGGAGAACCAGUUCCUCAGACCCUUUUAAAAUGUCAGUCUGUAGACACAUCUAUCUAUGUCAUAUCCUUAUCUAAAGGUGCCCUGCUUUGUAAAGUAAAUGUUGAUGUUGGUGACUGAUCUGGUGUUUUUUCAUGGACAUUAACUGUAGACCUUAAACUAAAACUUGGGACGGUUUUUCACUACUUUGGUAUUCACAAUCAGUGUCAAUAUUUGAUCAAAUAUUUCUGUGGCAACUAAUUUUCUCUACAGCAAAUUACAAGAAGUCAACUGAGGCUCUGAAGUGAAAUGAGUUUUACUUGUUUAAUUUCCGAUCUUCAAAGUGUUUCAUAACAUGUACGCAUUUGAAAUACUAUACUCCCAUAGCCGUGCAGUGCACUUACAAAACAUGAAAAUGCCUCCAGGAAAUGUAAUUUCAGUUUAAGUAAUGUGAUAUAAAAUGGACAUUGUCUAAAAUGCCAGUAAAACAAAUGGCUUUCAGCAUUCAAUAGCCACCACUGAGAGCCAAUGGAAGGUCACAUUGACAACUCAGAUUGCAUUUCAUCCCAUUGUCAUGGCCCACUGUAAGGGUGACUUACAAACACAUUCUUUUCAUAGACUGAAACAGAUUUAAUUGUUACAAUACAACUGUAGAAUGCAUUGCAAAUCUAUAUUAGUUUCUCAAUACUUUAUAAUUCUCAUUGUCAAUGUCAUAAUUUAGCUGCUAGCUGGAUCACUGAAGGGAAUGUAGUCCAGAGGGUUGCACACACAUUAGUGGGAGCAGGAAGACUGAAAGAGCAGUGGAAGUAGCAAACGGCUGCCUAUUUAAUCAUAUUUUCCAUUCAAGCCAGGUCUCCCUAGGUUACUUAUUAAUUACCCCAUAAUUCCUAAUCUAAUCAGUCAUGCUUAACUACUCUUUGUACUCAAAUAUUCAAAUUAAUUAGUGGUCUAUCCAAAGGGCAGGAACAUUGGUAUGAGGGGAGGCCGCCAGGGACCACCUGUAUCGACAUUUGAAUAAAUGUGGCACUAAUUUGCA